GGGACUGACGGCUGGGCUUCGGGUCCUCCCAUGCCCUGCCUCCUCCCAGGAGGUCUUGGAAGGUCCUCGGUUCCCGUGCAAGAGCAAGAUCUGAGACACCAGUGACUGAGCUGCCCUUCACAUCAUGGUCACCAAGACUGGAAGGAUGCUGCAAACAUCAACGUGCUGACAUGCCCCGUGGUCAGCCCGGCCUCAUGCCUCCCUUCAUAGCUGCUCCUCACGGACACGCAGACCUUGGCUGACUGCCCACUUCCUCGCCUUACUCCACUGAGACCCUUCCUGCCGAGCAGGAUUGGAGGCCCAAUCACCAUAGGAGCCUCCAGCCUGUGAAAAGCUGCUGAAUGUGUGAUGUGAAGGCGCUUCCCUGUCCAGUUUGUCCAGGGCACCAGAAACCUGAACUGAAAUGGGAACCAGGCUCAGCGGAGACAGCACGCCAGGCCCUGCAGGCAGGGAGGGCAGAGUCAGGGGUCACUGGGGCGCUGCAGCUCUCCCCUGCAGACCCAGACUUCCCUGAGAGGGUCUGGGCUUCCAUUUUAGAGGCCGAGGGGACCCGCCAGUGGAGCGCAAGGACCAGACACUCCCGCAAUGACCAGUUCUCCUGUCUCCAGAGUCGUCUACAACGGCAAGAGGAACAGUAGCCCUCGCUCUCCCCCCAGCAGCAGUGAGAUCUUCACCCCGGCCCAUGAGGAGAAUGUGCGCUUCAUUUACGAAGCCUGGCAGGGCGUGGAGCGAGAUCUGCGGAGCCAGAUGUCAGGCAGCGAGCGGGGCCUGGUGGAGGAGUACGUAGAGAAGGUCCCUAACCCCAGUCUGAAGACCUUCAAGCCCAUCGACCUGAGUGAUCUGAAGCGCCGGAACACGCCGGACGCCAAGAAGUCCUGAAGCGUGCGGUGUCCCUCCCCUGGCCUCUGGGAGACCCAGGCGCCGCCUGAUGUUGGUCUCCUGCGGGUUCGGUCCUGGGGGGGAGGGGCUGUAAACCCCAGGACCAGGAGGGGCAUGAUUGAUGGCCAAUGCCUGCCCUUCCUCCCCGAGCUCCCUCCUUUCUUUUCAGGGGGUCUCAAGCUGCCCUGUCACUGGGGGUAGGGGGGUUUGGGCCCUACCAGCCCCUGCUCCCCCCCGGAGUUGCAUCUCUGGAGCGCCUGCUCUGCCUGCCCUCACCCCAGGGCCUUGACGGACUCCUCUCCACUUCCCACCACCUUCCAUUGCCCCCACACCCUGACUGCCCCCCCGCCACUUCCAAGGUCAGGAGGGAGACAAGGGGGCCUCUGCUGUCUCCCAGGCUGGUGGGACUGGGCUUGUCCGUGAGGUGGCCAGGAGGCAGGAGGCGGGCGGCCCCUCCCAUACCUGUUGUGUAUCCCCCACCAAGCCCUGCUGCUUUUCUGGGCUGGACACCUUGGGGAGCGUCUAAUUUUUCACCCCGCUGUCCAGCCUGGCCCCUUCCUUCCCUGCAUCAGCUUCGGGAUGGCACUAGCUCUCCCGGCCUGGGAUGCCACCGAGCACUCCCUCACAAAGGGUCUUGGGCAACCAGGCCUAGCCCCUUGCUGUCUGCGGCCCUGUGGCCACAGCAGUCCCCUCGGGCAGGGGCAUGAGGUCGACCCUGGCCCUGUACCAUGUGCUGGGAUGGUCACCAGGGUCCCCUUUUCUUCCUGUGUCCUCUAAAAGCCAAGUGUCUGUGACUGGAGCCCAAGGACUAGUGAAUAAAGGCAGGUGGCGUUGGA